AUGCGGCUUCUGAGGAUAGCGUCAUGGGGCUUGCUGCUCGUGCUGCCCCAGAGCCACCCCCUGAGGGCUCUGCCGGAGGCCCCGGAGGGCGAGCGGCCCCUGUCCCACGGCCCCCUGAGCCGAGCCCUCGACCACGGCAGCUGCAUGCUGACCCAGAACGUGGAAAUCUCCGGGGGCAAUUUCACCCUCAGCCACGGCUGGGCCCCUGGGAGUGUCCUCGUGUACUCCUGCCCCCUGGGCCGGUACCCAGUCCCCACAUCCAGGCUGUGCCUGAGCAGCGGACGCUGGCAGACCCCGAGAUCCAGCCCGGUGGCAAAGGCGGUCUGCAAACGGCCAGGGCCACGCAGGAGGGUCUCUGCUGACUCCAUCUCCCUCUGCUCCCUCGCAGCCGGCCACUGCCCCAGCCCAGGCAUCCCCGUGGGCUCGGUGCGGACGGGGUCCCGAUUUGGCCUUGGGGACAAGGUCAACUACCGCUGCUCCUCGAAUCUGGUGCUGACGGGGUCGGCAGAGCGGGAGUGCCAGGACAGCGGGGUCUGGAGCGGGACCGAGCCCAUCUGCCGCCAGCCCUACUCGUACGACUUUCCUGAGGACGUGGCCCCUGCGCUGGGCACCUCCUUGUCCCACCUGCUUGGAUCCACCAAUCCCACCCAGAAGAAGAAGGAAAGCGUGGGCCGAAAAAUCCAAAUCCAGCGAUCUGGUCACCUGAACCUCUACCUGCUCCUGGACGCCUCUCAGAGCGUGAAGGAGGAAGACUUCAGGAUCUUCAAGGAGAGCGCCAUCCUCAUGGUGGACAGGAUCUUCAGCUUUGAGAUCAAUGUGAGUGUCGCCAUCAUCACCUUUGCGUCAAAGCCCAAAAUCAUCAUGUCUGUCCUGGAUGACAAUUCCCGUGACGGGACUGAAGUGAUCUACCGUCUGGAAAACAUCAACUAUAGAGACCAUGAAAAUGGAACCGGGACCAACAUCUAUAAGGCACUACACAGUGUUUACAUCAUGAUGAAUAACCAAAUGCAACGCCUGGGCAUGAGCACCUCGGCCUGGAAGGAAAUCCGGCACGCCAUCAUCCUUCUCACAGACGGUGGGUGCCAUCGUCUCUGUGGGGGUUGUCGUCUCUGUGGGGGUCGUCGUCUCUGGCACAGUAGCAGCAGCAUCAUGGAGGGGUCAGAAGACCUGCAUUCUGAUUCCCCCUGGGCCACUUGGCCUGUUUCUUACUUAUCAAGUAGAAAUAGUGACAACAGUGAUGACGAGGACAACAGUGAUGGAAACAUUAGCUGCCUUCCGUUCCUUACACAAUUUUUGUGGACAGAAAUUAAGUCGUUUGCGCUGCAGGAGCCUCUCCAGGAGGAAGAGGCGGGCCUGCUGGGGACUGUCCCUGGCGUCCCUGGGAGCAGUGCAGAUAAGCCAGGGAAGCCUUGGCAGCUGCAGGUGCUAACGGACAACUCCUCAGCCCCAUCAGACAUCUAUGCCAUCGGGGUGGGCAAGCUGGAUGUGGACUGGCGAGAAAGAAAUGAGCUGGCCUUCUUGAAGGAUGGCGAGAGGCACGCCUUUCAUCCUGCAGGACGCAAGGCUCUGGACCAUUUUUUUCGUCACCCCACAGAUGUCUCCCAGCUCAUAGACACCAUAUGUGGGGUGGGGAACAUGUCAGCUAACGCCUCCGCCCAGGAGAGGACACCCUGGCAUGUCACUAUCAAGCCCAUGAGCCGGGAGACCUGCCGGGGGGCCCUCAUCUCGGACCAGUGGGUCCUGACAGCCGCUCACUGCUUCCGCCACGCUGACCAGGACCGCUCCCUGUGGAGGGUCGUCGUGGGGGAUCCCAGCUCCCGCUCGGGCAAGGAGUUCCAGAUUGAGCAGGUGGUGAUCUCCGAACACUUUGACGUCUUUGCCAAGAGGCACCAGGGCAUCCGGGAGUUCUACGGGGACGACAUCGCCCUGCUGAAGCUGGCCCAGAAAGUGAAGAUGUCCACCCAUGCCAGGCCCAUCUGCCUUCCCUGUACGGUGGGGGCCAACCUGGCCCUGCGGAGACCCCCGGGCAGCACCUGCCGGGACCACGAGAGCGAACUUCUGAACAAGCUGAGCGUUCCUGCUCAUUUUGUGGCCUUGAAUGGGGACACACUGAACAUUAACCUCAAGACAGGGACAGAGUGGACAAGAUGUAUUGAGGUCGUUGGCCAAGACAAAACCACGUUCCCCAACCUGACAGAUGUCAGCGAGGUGGUGACAGACCAGUUCCUGUGCAGUGGGAUGGAGAAAGAUGACAAUCCCUGCAAGGGAGAAUCUGGAGGAGCGGUUUUCCUUGAGCGGAGAUUCAGGUUUUUUCAGGUGGGCCUCGUGAGCUGGGGUCUCAACCCCCCGCUCCGUUGCAACAAAUUACCUAGAGGCAAGGUCCUCCCGCUCCGAGACUUUCACAUCAGCCUCUUCCGCCUGCAGCCCUGGCUGAGGCAGCACCUGGAGGGCGUCCUGAACUUCCUGCCCCUCUAGUCACGCCCACGGCCCCUUUGCUGUCCUCUCCCAGGUCCUUCCUCUGCAUUUCUGCCUUCAGACCCCCCCGACCCUCCUCACUCCUCACCCAGGCAGCGCCCGCCACCCUCGGCUGUACCGACUCACUCUCCUUUCGCUUUCACGUGGAAUUUCCCAGUUUUGGACAUUAAUAAAAAUCGGAUUUUCACAUA